CGCGGGCUUGCUCACGGUAUUGCUGUAUCGCUCCGUCACGAAGCGCAGGAGCAUUUCCGACGAGAUGCUGCGGCCGCGGGCGCUGAUGGGCGACCUCACGACGCAGUGGGUUGGACAGCAUGUCCAGGCAGGCGCCCACGACCUCAAGGCUGCCUUCACGAGUUUUGUGGAGGAUGUGGAGCCCCUCGGCAUGACCAUCAAGCUGGACAAGUCAGGAUGGCUGGGCGCCAUUCGCUCUGCUGUCCGUGGCUGCGCAAGGGCAGGCCGCGCUCUGCGGUUGCCACAUCGGAAGGGAGUGCGCAACAUGGGGCAGGACACCAAUGAGCGGGGCGUGGUGCGCGCGGCCUUGUGGCGGACAGGGUUUUUCCCGUCUGCGGGCCAUGGCGCGGCCGUGGCUGGCGCCACCGACGAGCAGCUCAAGACGCUGAGGCACGCCGCGGUCGCGCCCUGCCCGGGCAAGGGGGGCGAGAACAGUGGCUCCUCCACGAUCUUCUUGGCCGCGCAGCGGGACCGGUACAUGGGCCCCAUAUUUGAUGCGACGGUGGCGCCAGACACCCGAUACUGCGCACAUGUCUGGGACGGCAAGCUGUUUUUGAGCCAACUGCAGCGGGCACGGCAAGCCCUUGCGGCCAGCCGGCAGCGGAGCGCCCCAACUUGUCACGGCGUUCGCGGCCCGCUUGCGGCCACUCGGUUGAGCCUCCGCAGGAUCGGCUGGGGCAUGAGCUCGAGCUUGCACUUGCGCGCGGACUUGGGCGAAGCGCUCCACAUCCUGGCCGCGCCGCCAAAGGUCAUCGGGCACAUGCUGAAGACGGACAUCCAGCGCUGGGCAGGGCGACGGAUCCUGGCUCAUCAUGCGGACUGCCCUCCGAUCUCAUCGGCGCCUGUUUGGUUGAGGGCGGUCCGCCAGUGCCCUGCUCCUCCUCGCGCUGCCGUCGGAGGUGCGGGAGCAGGGCAACUUCGCGAGCUGUGGUCUGGGUCAGCGCGGGGCCCCGCCGCGCGGUGGCAGAUGGGGUACCUCACCAGCCCCGAUUGCCCAUGCUGCGAGGGCGCCCCGCCGUGCACGAGGGGCCACCAGUUCAACGAGUGCCCGACCAUCCUGGCGACUGGCUCGCACGAGGACUCCAUGGGCAUCGAGCCGAUCUCGGAGCAGGCUACCAAGGUGAGGACCAGGCUCAUGGAGCGGAUGCAAAUCGGGGCGGGCGACGUGGACUACGACAGGUUCGACGUCAUCACGGGUGUCCCGCAGGUGCCCUAUGACGCCCCCGGGGCUAAGAGGCCCCAAGAUUGCGAUUGGUGGGGCGACUGGACCUCCGACGUGGGCGACAGGAGCACCAUCGUGCACCACGACGGGUCGGGCCAUGAGACGGCCUGGCCCGAGCUUACGAGAUGCAGCUGGGCACGCGUACAGGUCAGCUGCGAGGGCCUCCCCCUUCGAGCAGUAUUCGGACCUCUGCCUGGCAGCCGCCAAGCGGUGGGUCGGGCGGAGCGUCGCGCGCUGCUAAUGGCCACGACGCACAUGCCGUACCUUCGGUUUGUCGUGACCAACCUGGCGGCCCUUGCGCGCGAGGUCGAGGCCCGGGAGCCCCGCCAGGCGGCUUCGGGCAGCGAGUAUGCAAACAUCUGGAGGGAUAUCUUGGAGCUCACGGAUUUACGAGCUGGAUGUGGCCGAGUUCGGCCUGCUGCAUGUUGGCGCCCUGCGCGCCUCGACCUCGAGAGGUUCGUCCAGUUGGGGCACUUCGCUGAGGACUUCUUUGGCAACCAGUGGGCGGCUUUAUUCGCCAAGGUGGGCGGGCGAUUGCACAGGCUGCCCUCCGCCCUGCUGGAUCUGUACAAAGUGAAGCUCAGUGACGCUAGGGAGGAGGCGAAGGCCCUCUCCUGGCUGAUGGCGGCGGUCGGUGAGCACACUGACUCUGCUAGCAUGCCUGUGCCUCCCCGUGUCCGCCCUGCGGCGGGGGCCCGACCUGCGCAGUUGGUCGAGUCUCGGCACGACCUGGAGCGCCCCGGAG